AUGCUGAUCCUGGACUAUCUCGAGUACCCGGUGAACUUGACGAUGAAAGUGGUCAAUCAUCGCAACUCGACGUUUCCGGCGAUCACCAUUUGCAAUCAGAAUCGAUUUCAGAAGUCGAAAUUGCAAGGAACGCCUUUUGAGCCGCUUGUUCGAAUCGACGAGGCGCUAGAAAAUGACCCGUCGCUGAAAAGAAGAAAGAGAAGAUUUGUCGAGCUGCAAGAGUUUUCUGAUUUUGAAGAAAACGACAGUCAGUUGGUUUCAGAUCUUUUCCCGAAAAAAGACAGCCUUAUUUCCGCUUCGAAAGACCAAUCUGAGCGAUUCGGGCAAAGCUUUGAAGAUUUUGUUAUUUCCUGCGAAUUCGACCAGGCUCCUUGUGGAAGGGAUGAUUUUUUGACUUUUCAGCAUGAGCAGUAUGGAACUUGCCAUACUUUCAAUGGUCAUUCCAUGAAGCGCAGGAGUACCUCAAACAUCGGAACGGAGUACGGAUUAAAGCUAAUUCUCUUCGCCGACGAGUCCGAAUACGUCGGCGCCACCUCCGCGACCGUCGGAGUCCGCUUCGACAUCCACCAGUAUGGAUCAAUUUCGUUUCCAGAAGAACACGGUCAAAACGCUCCAGUUGGCGCUGCAACGGCUGUUUCUCUCAGAGCAAAUCAAAUUUCAAGAACGGUUCUGCCUUGGAACAAGGAGAACUGUACCAAUGUUUAUGACUCUAACGAUCCGGAAUAUGACGGGCAUUAUACUUACAGAGCUUGUCAGAAAGGAUGUCUUCAGCGGCAUUUGAGGGAUGAGUGCGGCUGUGUGACGUCAUUGUUUUUGAAGAAAAAUGACCCUGUUUGUGGUUUACUCGACAAAACAACUUACCUUUGUGUCGAAAAAAUCAAGGAAGACUUCCAAUCUGGGCUAAUUAACGAUUGUUUCUGCAGCCAGCGCUGUUCCGAGGUCUUUUAUGACCUGCAUUACAGCACGGUAAAAUGGCCUAGCUCUCAGUACGAAGGGCUGCUACUCAGCGCUAUUUCGAACUCAACCGCUGCGGCAAAAAUUCGCAACUCAACUGAUCUUCAGUCCGCUGUGGAGGAUAAUCUGCUUCGAUUGAGCUUCACCUUCGACGAAUUGAACGCGAAACUGAUCGAAGAAAGCCCUAAAUACGACAUUUGGACGCUUUUUGCGAAUAUUGGCGGAACACUUGGACUCUACGUCGGAAUUUCUUUCAUUACUUUGUUCGAAUUUCUCGAAGUUCUAGCCGACAUUUGUCUAUUUACCUGCUGCUAUCGCUGUAGCAAAGAUUAA